GGCACCGGCAGCCGCCGCAACCACUGCCGGAGACUAGCUACGUGGCGCGUGCCCUGCCCUCUGCUGGUCUGAUACCCGUAUUAGAAUCUCUCUUCUGCACCACUGGAGGACAGCCAGAUGGAUUCGGCUUCAACACAUACCCUAAUUCAUCCACACGGGCCGUGCUCGAGUUUAUGGAGGAUGCGGCCGGCCGGUGGCCGCCGACGGGGCCGGCCGGGGCACCGGCCUCCCCUCCGGCAGACGUCUGCGACGACGCACUCGGACCCAGACAGAACCGGACGCAGGCAGCCAGCGCCAUUCUGCUCUGGGUGGCCGUUCAGGAGCUGGUCUGCGGGCAGACGCCCGACCUGCCGCCGCAGAUGAACACUACGGCGGAUUUCGUGGAGUACCUCGGCUUGGACGACAGUCACAAAGGACGGCUAGCGAUCCUGUUCCACAUGCUGUCUCGAAACCCUCGCGUGCUGUUCUCGCCCAACACCACCCAGGCGUGGCGGAUCGUCGCCAAGGUGAACGAGACGGUGGAGUACCUGGACGGGCUGACGAAGCUGGCCCGGCAGAUCCUGAGCCUGCCCCAACCGCUGCCGGACACGCUGCCGGUCCCAGGCUGGCAGGUGACGCUGGUCUCCUGCGCCUGGCUCGAGCUGAUGGCCGGCGCCCAGCUGGACCUGUUCCGGCCGUACCCCACGGAGGCAGCGGCCGUCGACUACUUCCUGGACGGCGCCGCCGCCGACAACGUCUCGGUGCUGGCCGUGCUGGCGCUGGACCUGCCAUCUGACGGCCGCCUGCCGAACCACCUGAUCUACAAGAUUCGCCAGAACGCGACGUUGGUGGCCAACACGGUGUUGGUGCGCGACCGGGCCUGGCUGCCGGGCCCGCGCAACUGGGACUACAACUACUAUGAGUUCGGCUUCUCCUGGCUCCAGGACCUGGUGGAGCGGGCGGUGGCGGCGCUGCACGCCGGCCGGACGGUGCUGGAGCCGGCCAGUGCCAUCCACGAGAUGCCCUACCCGUGCUACGUGCAGGACCGGUUCCUCUUCGACCUGGAGACGGUGGUGCCGCUGUGCUUGACUCUCGGCUGGGUGUGCGGCGUGGCGCUGCAGGUGCAGCAGCUGGUGCAGGAGCGUGACGAUCGGCUGCGAGAGGUGAUGCUGACCCUGGGCGUCAGCCUGCCGGCCAUCCGAGCCUCGUGGGUGCUGACCUCGCUGCUGCUGACCACGCCGUCGGCGGUGGCGGCCGCGCUGGUGCUCUGCUACGGCGGCAUCCUCCGCUACAGUUCGGUCUCACUCGUGCUCUGCCUGCUGCUGCUGUUCGUCAUCGACAACACCGCGCUGGCGCACCUGCUGAGCGCGCUCUCCAUGGGCCGGGCGCGCACGGCAGCCUCAUCAUCGGUGAUUCUCUACUUCCUGACGUAUGUGCCGUACGUGUACGUGUCGGUGGUGGAGAACACGGCCAUGCUGCCAGUCUCAUCGCCCGUCAAAGUGCUGACGUGUCUGAUGUCGCCAUCUGCGUUCAACCUGGCCUUCAAGUACAUCGGGUUCUACGAGCAGCAGGGCACGGGCGUGGACUGGAGUUCGUGGACCGUCUCGCCGGUGGAGAACGACAGCUUCAACAUGGCCAUCACCAUGCUCAUCAUGCUGCUGGACCCACUGCUGUACGCCGUCCUCGUCUGGUACAUCGAGAACGUUUUCCCAGGUGACGUGGGCGUGCCACAGCCCUGGUACUUCCUCCUCUCGCCUGGCUACUGGCGGCCGACACCGACCAAGCCUGGCAGCGGCGAGUGGGACACCGCCGACGCCGACGGCGGUCUGCUGAACGAGCCGGAGCCGACGAAGCUGCCGCUGGCUGUGGAGCUGUGCGCCCUCACCAAGCGGUUCCCUGGCCAGCGGCGGCCGGCCGUGGACCGGCUCAGUCUGCGCCUGUAUGAGGGUCAGGUUACGGCCCUGCUCGGUCACAACGGCGCCGGCAAGACCACCACGCUCUCGAUCCUGUCGGGCCUGCUGCCCGCCUGCUCCGGCUCCGUCUCCGUGUACGGCUGCGACACGCGUCGCCGGCUGGCGGCCGCGCGCCGCUCGCUCGGCUUCUGCCCGCAGCAGGACGUGCUGUUCGACGGCCUGACGCCGGCCGAGCACGUCUGGUUCUACGGCCGCAUGCGCGGCGCCGGCCACCGAGAGGCGCUCCUGCAGGCCUUCAGCGUCCUGGCCGACGUGAACCUGCUGCCGAAGCGAGACUGCGACGUGCGCCUGCUCUCCGGUGGCCAGCGCCGCAAGCUCUCGGUGGCGAUCGCCUUCCUAGGUGGCAGCAGAUGCAUCGUGCUGGACGAGCCGACGGCCGGCGUCGACCCGCACUCGCGGCGCGCCAUCUGGAGUUUGAUCGCCAAGUACAAGCCAGGUCGGACGAUCUUGUUCUGCACGCACCACAUGGAGGAGGCGGACGUGCUGGGGAAUCGGAUUGCCAUCCUGUCGGCGGGCAAGGUCAAGUGUGUCGGCUCUCCGAUGUUCCUGCGUCGCCAGCUGGGCGCCGGGUACCACUUGCACGUGGUGCGGACGGCGGCGGACCCGUCUGAGGACGGUCAGGCCAGCGGCGGCGGUCUGGGCGGCGUGACCAGCCUCCUGCAAGCGCACGUGCCGUCGGCGCAGCUGCUCGGCUCUUCGGCGCACGAGCUACACUUCUUCCUCCCGGUGGCCGAGCUGACGGCCGGCGUGCUGCCGCGCCUGCUGGAGGCGCUGCAGCAGCGCAGGGAGGAGCUGGCCGUCGCCAGCUUUGGCCUGCAGACCACCUCCAUGGAGGAGGUGUUUAUGCGCGUCACCAGAAACGGCCAGGACGAUUGCCCCGUCCCGACCCCGACCUCGGACACGCACUCCGAGCUGGCCGACGUCGUGCUGCUGCCGGCCAUCUUCACGUUCCUGGCUAUGUCGCUGGCGGUGGUGACACCCAACGUCUCGGACAAGCCGCCGCUGGUGAUGGCGCCCACGCAGUACUUCAACUACACCUCGCCGCAAGAGAACGUCGUGCCGGUAGCCAACAACUGGCUGGACGUCCUGAACCCAGGGUUCAGCCGGGAUGCGCCGUCACCGGCGGUGGAGGCCACCCUGGAGCUGGCCUCCGGCCUGGGCGCCACCUGCGUGCGGCGGGACCCACACAACGCCAGCGCCGGCUUCGACCCGCUCUGCGACACCGUCAGACACCGGGCGUGCUCGUGCCGGCCGGACGGGGCGGGCCAGGCGUGCGCGCCGGGCGGUUAUCGUCUGCCGCUCUCCCGGUCCGUGGUCACUGGCGACCUGCUGCAGAACGUCAGCGGUCAGCCGGAGAGCGAGUUCUACCGCGCCACCACCGACAUCUACAGGCUGCGCCGGUACGGCGGCCUCAGCCUGGGCCUGGUGCACGCGGCCACGCCGCCCGAGUUUGGCCGGCAUCUGUCGCCGGCCGCCCGCCGCACCGCCGUUCGUCGCCGGGCCAAGGCCUGGUUCAACCACAAGGGCCUGCACGCCGUGCCCGCCUACGUCAACGCGCUCAACAACGCCGUGCUGCGGGCUAACCUGCCGCCGGCCGCCGGGGACCCGGCCGCCUACGGGGUGACGUGUGUGAACCACCCGCUGCCCCGGACCGGCGCAUUCACACUGGAGGAGGAGAUCCGCCAGGGCACCGACAUUCUGAUCGCGCUGUUCGUGCUGGUGGCGCUGAGCUUCGUCAACUGCAGCGUGCCGUCGGCCGCCUGCCUGCUGAUUAUAGCGGCCUUCAACGAUCCGGCCUACACGUCCGGUUCGAACCUGGCGGCCGUCACGCUGCUCGUCUUCUUCUACGGCGUGAGCAGCGUGUUCUCGUUGACGCGCUCGUCUCCGGCGAUGAAGCAGACGCGGCCGGUGCAGUUGGUGGCCGGCUGGGGUAUCUCGCGCGGCAGCAGGUUGCCGGCGCUCGUCUUCAACAGGCCGGCCUUGAAGGCCCGCAGCUCGUGGGCCUUCUCGUCCGUGGUGCCGUACACCUGCGAGCAGUCCAUCCAGCCGCACUCGAUCGGCGACAGUUUGCCGUCGGGUCCCUCGCGCUGGAAGAUGGGCGAGAUGGACAGGUCGUGGUCCAUGAACUGGCCGAAAGUCACCACGGACAUGGUGAAGAUCGGCGCCGGGUGGUCGAUGACGCCUCUGAUGUACCCGGCGUCGUUCCUGUUCCGCGAGCCGGGCUCGGCCUACAUCGCCGUGGUUAUGUUCAACCUGUUCCUGGGCGCCGCCGCGCUGCUCACCACCUCCUUGUUCGAGAGUAUCGAGGACCAGCAGGCGGUCAAUGCGAUGAAGUCCGUCUUCCUGGUGCUGCCGAACUACUGUCUAGGUCGUGGCCUGCUCGAGAUUGCCUACAAUCAAUACCAUAACGACUUCCUGGUGAAGACAGCUCGACCGCUGACCAAGGUGUACCGCGGCGCCGGCACAGCCGUGGACCAGCUCUGCUUCGGCGUCGCCCCGGGCGAGUGUUUCGGGCUGCUGGGCGUCAACGGCGCGGGAAAAACGUCCACCUUCCGUAUGCUGACGGGUGACAAGUCGGUGACGUCUGGCGACGCAUUGGUUAAGCUACAGUGCGGCGAUCACUCGCGAGAUGUCAGCCUUCGCCAGGAGCUGGACACGGCGCUGAGCGAGAUGGGCUACUGUCCGCAGCACGACGCGCUCCAUGGAGAGAUGACCGUCUCUGAACACCUCACCGUCUACGCCAUGAUCCGCGGCGUGCCCCCAGCCCGGCUGCGGUUGGAGGUGGACCGCCUGCUCCGGCAGCUGGGCCUGGUCGUGUACGCCCGGCGGCCGGCCGCCGUCCUCAGCGGCGGCAACAAGCGCAAGCUGUCCACGGCCCUGGCUCUGGUGGGCGCGCCGCGGCUGGUGCUGCUGGACGAGCCGACCACGGGCAUGGACCCGGCGUCGCGUCGCUACCUCUGGGAGCUGGUGCGCCGGCUGGUGGCGGCCGGCCGCUCCGUGCUGCUCACCUCCCACAGCAUGGAGGAGUGUGAGGCCCUCUGUACCCGGCUGGCCGUCAUGGUGAACGGCCGACUGCGCUGCCUCGGCAGUCCGCAGCACCUGCGCAACAGGUUCGGCGACGGCUACACGGUCACGAUCCGCAGCGGCGAGGCUGACCCGGACGCCGUCGACCGGCGCGUCAAGGCCUGUCUGCCGUUCUCGCGGCUCAAGGAGUGCCAUCUGAACGUGUGGACGUACGAGCUGGGCUCUGACGCGGCGCCACUCGGCGAGGUGCUGCGCCGGCUGGAGCGGCUGGCCGCCCAGCUGCGCAUUGACGACUACUACGUCUCGCAGAACACGCUCGACAGCGUGUUCGUCAGUCUGGCCCGACACCAGAGCGAGUGUCCAGGCCCGGAGGAGAGGCUGGUGGCGCCCGGUGAGCCUCUCGAUGACCGGGUCGUCUGCAAAGACCUCGAGCCGCCGCCCGCCCCGAGACUGCUGACAGUCCGACUGUGACGUCACAAGGGCUCCGGGAAGGUCUUUGGGUGACGUCACUGGAUAAGAAGACGGACAAACGUCAACCAGCGGUCUGAGACCGUUUGUUGGGUCGCCGAGCAGCCAGUCUAUGGCGCCACAAUGCAGUGGC